ACAUGUGAAUUUUCAUUUCCAGUAAAGCUUAUUGCUUUAUUAUUGCACAGCAUGAAGCCUGCUCAACACCAAGGAGGAGCAGAGCAGGGAAUAGCUCUUGAGUAACUUCACUAGGCCACGCUGAAGGCUCGAGGUGCUCUUGAAACAGGGCAGAUGAGAGAUUUCUCUACAAGACAGUGAGAGAGUAUAUGAAGGAGGAGGUGGAGGAGUGUGCUGAAGAUGAGGCGACUGAAUCGGAAGAAGACCUUGAAUUUGAUGAAAGAAUUGGAUGCCUUUCCAAAGGUUCCUGACAGCUAUGUGGAGACUUCAGCAAGUGGAGGCACAGUUUCUCUAAUAGCAUUUACAACAAUAGCUUUCCUGACCAUAAUGGAGUUCACGGUGUACCGGGACACAUGGAUGAAGUAUGAAUAUGAAGUAGACAAGGAUUUUACUAGUAAGCUGAGAAUCAAUAUUGAUAUUACAGUUGCCAUGAGAUGUCAAUAUGUUGGGGCUGAUGUUCUGGAUUUAGCAGAAACAAUGGUUGCCUCUGCAGAUGGGUUGAUCUAUGAACCAGUAGUUUUUGAACUCAGCCCACAGCAAAAAGAAUGGCAAAGGAUGUUGCAGGUAAUUCAGAGUAGGCUGCAGGAAGAACACUCUCUUCAAGAUGUGAUAUUCAAAAGUGCUUUUAAAAGUGCUUCUACAGCACUGCCACCACGGGAAGAUAAUUCGUUACAGUCUCCAGAUGCAUGCAGAAUUCAUGGUCAUCUCUAUGUCAAUAAAGUGGCAGGGAACUUUCACAUAACUGUGGGCAAGGCAAUACCACACCCUCGAGGCCAUGCACACUUGGCAGCCCUUGUAAGCCACGAGUCCUAUAACUUCUCUCAUAGAAUAGAUCAUUUGUCAUUUGGAGAGCUUAUUCCAGGAAUUAUUAAUCCUUUGGAUGGAACAGAAAAAAUAGCAUCAGAUCAUAACCAGAUGUUCCAGUAUUUUAUCACAGUUGUGCCAACCAAACUUCAUACAUACAAAAUUUCAGCAGAAACUCAUCAAUUUUCAGUGACAGAAAGAGAAAGAGUAAUUAAUCAUGCAGCUGGCAGCCAUGGAGUGUCAGGAAUAUUCAUGAAAUACGACAUCAGCUCACUUAUGGUGACAGUGACAGAAGAACACAUGCCUUUUUGGCAGUUCUUAGUGAGGCUCUGUGGCAUCAUUGGGGGAAUUUUUUCAACUACAGGGAUUUUACACGGCUUUGGAAGAUUUGUAGCAGAAAUUCUUUUUUGCCGUUUGAGACUGGGCUCUCACAAAGCCACACCGGUCCCGCUUCCUGAUGGCCACACAACCAACCACUUACCUCUGAUUACAGACAAUAGUACACAUUAGCCUCCUGAGGAAAGCUUCUUUCUUCCUGCCUGAUACCAAGACACUUUUUUAAUAAUAAAGAAAACGUUGUGCAAUAUGCUGAGACAGUGCUGACAGGCAGCAAAACGCAAAGCCUUUACAAAAAACCCCAACCCAAACAACAAAACGAUUGGUGUAGUUUUCUUUGUCUUUGAGUGGACCUGGAGUCACAGGAGGCUGUGAGACCACUGAGGUUGGACCAUCCUCUGGAGGUGCUGAUUGGUGGCCAAGCUGAAGGUCUUUGUGCCGCUGCAGCGUCCGGGUGGUCUCUGCUCUGCCUGGGAAGGGCAGCAGACCCCGGAGGAACCGAGCACAGCCAGGCCGGGCAGCAACAAAGGACACGGGAGUCCAUCUGGGGUCUCUCACAGGCGUACAGCCUGGGGUUGGGGCUGUCUCGGUCUGUUUUAAUGGCGGGGUUGGGGGCUAUGAUGCUGUUCUUACAGGUGGGGAGCGAUCCUGGAAAAUCAUGAAGAGGAGGGAGACGAGAGAGAACUCAGGGAGUGAGGUGGCGCCCAAGCCAUAGCGCUGGUCUGGUGUAGCCGCUGCCAUGCUGCGCAGUGGGAGGAGCAGGAUGGAAAAUGGGGGGGUGCCUGGUGAGAGCGUAGGAGUGCCCCAGGGCUCAGCAUGGGCUUGGGGCAUUGCUGUUUCACUUGGAAUAAGAAUGCAUUUAAAUAAGGUAUUUAACUGUAGUUUUGGUAAAAGGCAAGACUCCCUAGCAAAAGGUGAAAUCAUUGUGCACCUCUUUGUUGGCAAAGAAACAGCUUCAUCAUUCCUCUGCUGCCAGUAUGGAAGCCAUGGUGUGUAAAUCCUGGAGAUGGGCAGGAAAAAGCAAGGAGUUGCUUUGCUUUGGUUCUCCAAAAUAGUGCAGAAGCGGGGAGCUGAGGGCAGCGGGGGGUCUGCCAGCCCAGGCGGGGAGCGGCAGGGUGGGCCGUAGGUGACUUCAGGGAAUCCAAAUCACUUGCUGCAGACAGGUGAUGGGAAGGGAUCUGCAGAAUUCAUCCUUAUCCUUCAUGAAGGUUUUUGUAAAAUAAAUUGAGAGCAAUAUGAGUUUUAUAUUGUAAAUAUGAAUGAGAAUGAAUGUUAUUAAUGCAGACAGUGCUUUGAGAAACUCAACUGCCCAUUGUGGCUUGACAAUUACUCCUCCAGAGCGAAGAAUUAGUAACGGGAUUCCUUCUCAGCAAAUCUGAUUUAACGAUGUAGUAGGAGCUGAUGCUGACCCUGGCCUUGGAAUGAAUAUUCUAAUUAAGAGGACUAACUAUGGAAAAAUAAAAAUGUCUGUGGUGGUGUCAGGUUUUGCUGACAUUUGUUAAUGUUACAGGCGCUUGGGUGGUGGUGGUGAGCACAGUGUAACUCCUGUGGCUGAUUUGCUAUGCAAAGCAAAGGGCUUCCUCAGCUGGGAAAUCACAUGAAAUAGUAAAUAAAAUGUGGGAAAUGAGGAAA